AUGCAUACCCUUUUUCGAUCUCUCGUUGUUCUUUACGUUUGCUUCAUUGUGAACAUAGUUGGUCUGCCGGUGAACUGUCCUAGUUCACCUGCUGAAUGGUGUGGAACAAAAGCAAUCGCAGCUGCCUGCGGAGUUACAAAGCAAUGCACAACGUUUGUAUGGAGCAAUUCAACAAACGAUCGUGUUAAUUUUACGAUUUAUUAUGAAUCACUAUGCGCCGAUUGCCGGCAAUUCACUAUCACUCAAGUCUGGUUCGCUUAUCAAGCUGUUGCUGAUAUCGUUAAUUUAACGUUCGUUCCGUAUGGUAACGCGCAUGAAGUCUAUCGACCUGAAACUCAAUUAUAUCAAUUCUACUGUCAACAUGGUCCGGAUGAAUGCUAUGCGAAUCUUAUUCAUACGUGCGCCAUUGCAUCUUAUCCAGACAUUCGUCAACAUAUGCCUUUCAUCUACUGCAUGGACGCAACAUUUGGUGAUGUGGAAACUGUGGCGAUACAAUGUGCUAAAAAUGCCAGUCUUGAUUAUGAAAAAAUCUCAACCUGCACAACUAGCCGAGUCGGAAAUCAAUUGCAACAUGCAUAUGCUGUUCAAACUGAAAAAACCAAACCGACCACCGCUUUUGUACCAUUUGUAACACUCAAUGGAAAUCACACAGAUGAAAUCCAAGAUCGAGCACAAACUGAUCUUAUUGCUCUAUUAUGUGACACAUACAAAGGUCCCAACCCGCCUGCUGGAUGCAAAACGACGACCUAA